AUGCAGUCCCAGCUAAAUGCGUUGGAAGCUCAUGUCAGAACAUUAACGCGGGACGUCGAGAAGUUGCGUCGUCAAGGCGAAGCACGAGACAAAAGACAGCAGGCAAUCAUCGAUAACCAGCGAAAAACGCACCAGCUGCUUGAAUGCCUUAUUACGAAUAUGGAAUCUAACAAACAACAGAACAUUCAGACCAGUACCCCUACAGAAAUAACGGAUGAUGAGUCGAUUCCGCAGCAGUAUCAGAUCGAGACGGACGAACUUCGCAUGUUGAAGAACGACACAUCAGGGCCUGGAAAUCUCGCUGCGCAUCUAGUACAAAGAUUGUUUCCGGAGCUAUUUGGAGAAACGAAUCUCCGUUUCCACUACAAUUGGACUGGAGGUGGUAAUUUAAAAAAAGGAGUUAUGUGUAGUUAG